GUUCCCGUGGCCCGCCUGCCCCCGCCGUGCGGGCUGGCUUAGCCCUGCGCACUGGCAGCGCCGGGAGCCCCGGGCCCGGAGCCCCGGGCCGGCCGCGGCGAUGAUGAAGGGGGUGGUGGGCGGCUCGGUAGCCGCCGUCAUGCAGGAGAGCUUCGGCUGCGCCGUCGCCAACCGCUUCUACCAGCUGCUGGACGACGAGUCCGACCCCUUCGACAUCCUCCGCGAGGCCGAGCGCCGCCAGCAGCAGCGGAAGAAGCGCGAUGAGGCGGCGGCGGCGGCGGCCGCCAGGAGGGCCGGCCCCGGCCCCGGCCCCGGCCCCGGCGGCAGGGCCGGCGCCCCGAGGAGGGAGUCGCAGAAGGAGCGCAAGCAGCCCGAGAGCCCGCCCGCGCCCGCGGCGGCGGCGGCGGCGGCGGCGGCGGCGCAGCCCGGCCAGAAGCGAGCUCCUAAACGGGGAGAACAACAAGGAUGGAAUGACAACAGGGGAACAGAGAUAAAACAAGACAAAUCUGAAUGGAGACCCUCUUUCAGGGAAUAUCGUUCCUAUGAAAUUGAAAGACAAGCGGAAUUCACGGUAGAAAAACCAAUUGAAAGGUUUGACCGUGAAAGGCCAAUACGAGGACGUGGUGGAGGAAGAGGUGGAAUGCGAGGCAGAGGAAGAGGUGGUGGAAUAAGUAGAAAUUUUGAUGGCUUUGACCAAAGAGGAAAAAGGGAAUUUGAAAGACAAAGUGGGAGUGAUAAAACAGGAAUAAGAGCAGACGAGAAAAAGAGUGGAAGUGGAGCUCGCAACUGGGGAACAGUUAAAGAUGAUAUGAGUGAGAUGGAACAGACUGCUCCAAUGGAAGAAACUGCUGAAACAGCUGAGCAACUAGGGGCAUCUGAAGGAGAACCUCUGAACAAAGUUGCUGAAGGGGAGCCAAUGGAAGAAGUAGUUCAAGAAAUGACCUUAGAUGAGUGGAAAACUCUUCAGCAACAGAGUCGACCAAAGCCUGAAUUCAACAUCCGGAAGCCAGAAUCCACUGUUCCUUCCAAAGCAGUGGUGAUACACAAGUCAAAAUAUAGUGAUGAUUUGCAAAAAGACGACUUUGAAGAUGAUUCUCACGUCUUUCGAAGAGCAGUGAAUGACAUAACGUCUCAGCUGGAUAUUAAUUUUGGGAGUCUCCCUCGCCCUGGCCGUGGAUCAAGAGGAGCACGAGGUGGUCGUGGUCGUGGCAGACGAGUUGAGGAGACAGGGCCUCGACCAGAAGUGCAGACUGUUGCUCCAAAUCCUGAUGAUCCUGAGGAUUUUCCUGCUUUAGCUUGAAGGAACUAUUGUGAAUGACAGUAUCUAAAAGUAGCUUUGGCAUAGCUGUGAAGAGACCAAUUUUAUGUUGCUGUGGAAAAAGAAAGUCUGAGUCUACAUGGAAAGCUGAUUUGUUUUUUUCUUUUUGAUGUGAAAUGAUUGCACCCUUGUGCUAUUGGAAGGGGAUUCUGGAGAUACCAGUGGACUGGGAUUCUGUCACAGCUUCCUGUGUCUGCCUCCAUUUACGGAAACUGUGUGAAGGCAUAUGGUACUUUACUACAAGGACUCAAGUGACAUUCAAGAGUACAGUGCUUAAAAUAUGUAUAUAGCAAUUACAUCAAGUUUUCCAGACAGCACAGUGAAAUGUAAGCUGUACAACAUGGUCUGCAAUUGGGACUCUAGUGAUUCACUGUAGUCAACUGAAAGCUGCUUUCCUAUUUCUUUAAGUGAGGUGUACCUUUGCAUACCUUACAUAGUUACGAGUUGCAAUUCUUUGGAGGCUGGCAAAUAAAGGAAAAUGCUCAUUGGUUUGGGUUUGAGGUGUUAUUUUCAGAAGUCAGAGUAGCAGACUGAAGCUUUUGCUGUUUGACAGUAGUCCAAAGAAUGUAAACAGCAAAUGUUACUCACCCAAAACAGUGAUCAUCUCUCUAGAUAGGAGUGAUCUUAAAAUUAAGACAGCACAGACACUUUUAACUGAUAGCUGACUAUCACAAGCCUUGCUUCAGUAACAAGCUGUAAUCUACAACUAAUCUGAAGAUGUUGAAGGUGAAAUGAAAUAAUGAUUUUGAUCUAAAGACAGAACCAAACUGUUAAGGAAACUUUCUGUUUUUAGCAGGAGCAACUACAUGCUAAAACCUCUUGCUUUACCAAGAAGUUUGUGUAACAUUGAGGAUGAAAUGGGAUGGUCCUGUCCUUUCAGCUUUAACAUGAUUUAAUUUGAGUCAGACACUGUAACUCUUUCUCUAUCAAAGAGUAUUCAGAGCCAUUCUCAGGGAUCUGAGAGAAAUGAGUGAAUUGUACCAGAAAUGAUGAGGGAAAGAAAUGAGAGAACUACGCUGGACGUACUGGAAAAGACUAUCAGCCACAAAGGAGUCUUCAAAUUCUUGCUCAACUUGGACGCUGAUUUACUGGGAAAGCAGGAUGAAUAUAGACUUUUUUCUUUUUCGGUUCUCUGCCUCAUUUUGUUUUAUACCAUUUCUUAAUCUCCUUUGAGACUAAAUGGCAGAUGAGGCUUGUGGUGGGGGAAACCUGUUACUUUGCUUUGGAGUAACCUCUAGUAAGAGUGAGACAUGUUUAGAAACUUAAAGAAACUCUUAUCUCGGUGGUAAGGCUUUAUGCAAUUAGGAUAUAAUCCUAGGAAAACCACUGUUUUUUUUUUUCUUUCUUUUUUCUUUUUUUAAUAUGAUCCAUACGAUGUUCGCCCAAACUUAUGUUUGCCCAAAUGGUACUUCUCGUUUUGUUAAAUUCUGCUGUGUGACAGUUUGCUGUAACAUAAGAUUCUAAAUUCCCAAAGGAGGUCAUCCUAAUGGCAUAGUGGUAAUCUGAUAAACUGUAGUAGAAAGGACGUGCAUAAUUAACUGAAAGCAGUGGUAUUAUGGGAACCAAUGCUGUCGUUUCUUGCAUUAUGGAGCUGGAUGAAAUAAUGUAAAGGACUAUUUCAUCUUGUAGGAGCAAGCUACUAUUUGAAAUCAUUGCAAUUUGAGAUUUGUCUGCUGUUGUACUAUUUUUAAAAGUAUCUGUUUCUCCCCAAAAGGGAAUUUUCAUGAUUAUGAAAUAUAAGUAAUCCCCCUAUGGAGCUCUUGGAGCUUUUUGCUCGUUCUUACCCUCCAUGUCCUCUGUUUCCCAAGAGGCAGGACAGAACAAGUCUGACUUUUUUUCUUUUUUCUUUUUUUCCUUUUUUUUUUCCUCCUCAUUUAUCACAUGAGUGCCUGGAGAGCUUCUUUGGAGGACUCAGUUUUGUUUUCCAUCAAAUUUUAAGGUGUAUCUUUUCUUGUUGCCUCUUACCUUACUAACUUUUCUUUUUGCUGAGAAAAAUAAUUAAGUACUUGAAAGCAAACCUUCCUUUUUCUACUGGAAGUCUGAAGCAUGCAGUUGAUCCAGUUCUGACCAUUCUGUGGGAAGGAGUGAAAGGAUCACCUCUGUGUUCCAAAUUUGUACUGCUACUUCAAAGUUGCUGUUUACUGCUCUAACAUUGAUCUGUUUCUUAAAACAGAAUGACAAAUGGGGAACGCUUUAAAGCAGUUGUCCAAGUCUAUUUGUAAAUGAUCUGCUGACCAAAUGGUUUAUUUUAAAAGCUCCUGCUUAAGAAAAAAAAAGUGGGCUGUUUUUAAGACUUUCUGUUUAAUCUGUGGAGUGCCUUUUUUUUUAAGAAGAACGAUAGGAAUGAGGCUUAGGAUGACUGGUUACUCUACAUUAAAUCAAAUGUCUUAGAACAGCUUAGGUGUGACUCUUUUUUUUUUUUUUUUUUUCUUUCCUCAGUGUGCCUUGAGUAUGCCUUGAAAGUUUCCCUAGUUGUUGUUGUUUAAAUAUAGAGAAGAAAUUAUUAAUUAUUAAGUGGUAACAGUGAACCUAUUACUUUGCCUAGCGCUGAAAAAUGAACACCUUAUUAACCUCAAUGUUCUGUCGUAUCCAAGGUUUAGAUCCAAAGUAGCUGAAUCUGUUCUGCACAUGUCUGCUGCCACCAGUGGCUCCUGGUUUAGCCUUACCUUCGGUCAUGUAAACCAAAUGGUAGACAUGUAAAUAUAUUUGUAAAAGCUAAUAAAAUGUGGUAUACCUCUUUGAGAAA